AUGCUUUCGCAUUCCGUCAUGACUCUGGCCAAGAAUCUCUAUACUAGCAAUGCUCGUUUCGUCUUUGAACUGCUUCAAAACGCCGAGGACAACCGCUAUACACGAGCUCAGGAGCAAGGCCACGCGCCCUAUGUUUCAUUCCAGGUCUAUAACGACCGCAUUAUCAUUGAGUACAACGAAGACGGCUUCAAAGAAGAGAAUGUGCGGGCGAUCUGCGAUGUUGGGAGGAGCUCCAAGGCAAUACGACAGCAGUUCAACGACUUACAGGAGAAUGUGCUCUUGUUUAUGCGGAAUCUUAGGGAAAUACGCAUUUCAUUCCUUGAUAACAACGGCAGAGUCCAAAGCUCAACCGUGUUCUCGGCCUCGAAGACAGACGCCAGGCGCAUCAAACUGACCAAGUCGGUCACCAAUGGGGCAGAGGUCGCACGCACUUCCCAGAUCUAUCACGUCACCAAGCAUUCUGUGAAAAGUUUGCCCAAGCAUGACGACCGUACGUACUCAGAGGAAGAAGGUCACAAAAGGGCCUACGCCGGAGCCGAAAUUAUUUUGGCCUUCCCCAUUUCAGAUGCCUCGGUACCUGUUAUCAAGCCCCAAGAUGUCUUCGCAUUUCUACCUAUGCGGCACAUGGGAUUCUCAGCCAACCGACAGGACAUAGUGGCAACAUCGCCGCGUAACCAAGGCAUUAUUGAACACAUUAGUGAUGCGUUCAUUCAUUCGGUUUUGGAGUUCUGCGAGCAUCCUGCCCUUCGAUACACCUGGAUGAGGUUUCUACCCAACAAGACGCAAUACCCAUACGACAACUUCUGGUCGAUCCUGGUCAAUCUGAUCGAAAGCAAGUUGCACAACGCCUCAAUCCUAUUGCCACAGAGCGAAGACAGCCUGCGUAAGAUCAGCGACCUUCGAGAACUUGAUCCUUGUCUCUGUGAUUCCAAGGGGGAGCCGUUGUUCAGAGACGUCACCCCGAAGAAGUGGUUAUCCCGACUGUAUCACAGGGAAGAUGUCUGA